AUGCAUAAAAAGCGAAAGAAUAUCUGGCUUCAAAUGGAUUCGAGCAAGAGUGCUCUUCUUCCAAUUGCUCGGCGUGGGAACGGCUCAAAAGGCCAGAAGAUUCAGCUGCGUACUAACCACUUCAGAGUCAACUUCAGCAACGCAAAAAGUCAACAUUUUUUCCAAUACAGCGUUGCUAUCACAUACGAAGAUGGGAAUCCAGUUGUAGCCAAGGGUAUCGGCAGAAAGAUUCUUGAAAAUGUUCAGGACACCUACAAAAGUGAUUUGGGUUCCAAAUACUUUGCUUACGAUGGAGACAAGACUCUGUUCACUGUCGGUCCACUUCCCGCCAACAAACUAGACUUCUCUGUUGUUCUUGAAGACAUGUCUUGUAGCAGAGGCAACACAAGGAGCGAUGAUGCGGACAGGAAGAGAUUAAGGCGUCCUAACAAAUCCAAGAAAUUCAACGUUGCAAUUACCUUUGCUAAACAAAUCUCAAUCCAAGCUAUUGAUGGUGCUCUUCAAGGAAUUGAAACAAAUCAUCUUCAAGAUGCUAUAAGAGUGCUAGAUGUUAUCUUGCGCCAGAACGCAGCUAGACAGGGUUGCCUCCUUGUUCGUCAAUCCUUCUUCCACAAUGACGCAAAGUUCUUUUCGAAAGAGCAUGGAGGUUUUUAUCUAUGCAGAGGAUUCCAUUCUAGCUUCAGAACUACUCAGGGAGGCUUAUCCCUUAAUAUGGAUGUUUCGUCUACGUUGAUAGUAAAACCAGGUCCUGUUGUUGAUUUCCUUACUGCAAAUCAAGGGAAAAAUCGAUUCUCUAUUGAUUGGAAAGAGGCCGAACGUACUCUCAAGAAUCUUAGAGUUAAAGUCAUCACCACAAAUCAAGAAUACAAGAUAACCGGACUAAGUAGACUACCCUGCAAAGAUCAAACGUUUAUUUGGAAGCAAAAGAAAGGAAACGGGGAAGUUGAGGAGGAGAUUAAAGUGUUUGAUUACUACAAGAAAAACCAUGACAUCAGACUUCAUGAUUCAGGUGACUUACGUUGCAUCAAUGUUGGUAAGCCGAAGCGUCCUACUUACUUUCCCAUGGAGCUCUGUCAUCUUGUUUCUCUGCAACGCUAUACGAAAGCUCUUACUAUUUUCCAGAGGAGUAACCUAGUCAGAGAAUCAAUACAGAAGCCACUAGAUAAGAGGAAUAUGUUAAACAGAGCUCUAGAGAACUGUAAUUAUAAUGAUGACACACUGUUGCAAGAAUGUGGUGUCAGAAUUGGCUCUGAAUUCACUCAAGUGGAAGGUCACAUACUACCAACUCCAAAUCUGAAAGUGGGCAAUGGAAAGGACAUUAUUCCUAGCAAUGGGCGUUGGAAUUUCAACAAUAAGGAAUUUGUUAAGCCAGUCAAAGUUACUGGAUGGGCUGUUGUGAACUUCUCUGUUCAGUGUGACCCGCACAGGAUUGUUCGUGACUUGAUCAGAUGUGGAAAGAUGAAAGGAAUGGACGUAGUUCUUCCACUUGAUGUCUUUGAAGAAGGUCAUCGGUUUAAGGCUGCACCUGGUUCUGUAAGAGUGGAGAAGAUGUUUGAAGUUAUGAAACUGAAAUUCCGGGACCAGGACUGGGGAAAACCUGAAUUCCUUCUUUGCAUACUCUCGAAAAACUCUAAUGUUUAUGGUCCAUGGAAAAAGAGAACUCUUAUUGAAGAUGGAAUAAAGAAUCAGUGUAUUGCUCCUCCCAACAUCGUAAAGGAUCAGUAUCUCACAAAUGUUCUCCUCAAAAUUAAUGCUAAGCUUGGUGGAUUAAAUUCAGAGUUAGCUAUUGAGCGGUCACUAGGAAUCCCUGCGGUGAUGAGAGUCCCUACCAUCAUUAUUGGGAUGGAUGUAUCUCAUGGCUCUCCAGGACAGUCUGAUGUCCCAUCCAUUUCCGCGGUUGUGAGCUCCAGAGAAUGGCCCUUAAUCUCAAAAUACAAGGCUUGUGUGCGUACACAGUCACCUAAAGUCGAAAUGAUUGACAAUCUCUUUAACCGCGUCUCUGAUAAAGUUGACGAUGGUAUUAUGAGGGAGCUCUUGGAUGAUUUUAAAUCCUGCUCUGGUAUGAAACCCGAUCACAUUAUCGUUUUCAGGGAUGGUUUGAGUGAAUCUCAGUUUAACCAAGUUCUUAAUAUUGAACUGGGUCAGAUGAAGCAGGCGUGCAAGUUUCUUGAGGAGAAUUGGUAUCCCAAGUUUACAGUGAUCAUUGCUCAGAAAAAGCACCACACCAGGUUCUUCCAGGAGAGAAGACCUGCUGAUAAUGUUCCCCCAGGAACAAUAAUCGACAGCAAGAUCUGUCACCCACGCAACAACGAUUUCUAUCUUUGUGCUCAUGCUGGAAUGCUUGGAACUACGAGGCCAACGCAUUACCAUGUGCUCUACGAUGAGAUUGGAUUUUCGACAGAUGACCUCCAAGAACUUGUCCAUUCUCUAUCCUAUGUCUACCAGAGGAGCACCACUGCCAUCUCAGUCGUUGCGUUGAUAAGUUAUGCUUAUUUGGCAGCUGCACAGAUUGUGCAGGGAACUGCAAUGAAGUUUGAGGACAUGUCUGAGACUUCAUCGAGCCAUGGUGGGAUCACAACAUCUGGAGCUGCCCCUGUGCCUCCUAUGCCGAAGCUGAACAAGGCUGUUGCUACCUCAAUGUUCUUCUGCUGA